AUGCUCCAGCUUAAGGAUCAACUUCAUACCUUUCUUCGUUGCAGCAUCGGAGAUGGUAACACAGCCUUGUUUUGGCAUGAUUAUUGGACUGAGCUGGGUCCUUUGCAUCAACUCUUCGGACCGACAGGUCCUCGCUCUCUCAGGAUUCCUCUCAAUGCUAAUGUAUCUCGAGCAGUAUCCAAUGGCCAUUGGAGCAUCCCGUCGGCCCGAUCUGAAGACGCUGUAACUCUACAGAUCAUUUUGUCGACAACGGUGAUUCCAUCGUCAAGUAACAGAGCCGACGUCUUCUUGUGGAGAAACAGCUCCGGAGGUUUUGGUCCAUCUUUCUCUUCUCGGGUUACUUGGGAGAGGUUAAGAGUAACUAGGCCGCAGGUUCCGUGGUACUCGGUGGUUUGGUUUAAAGAGGAGAUUCCACGAUGUUCUUUUAUUUCUUGGACGGCGUUCCUCGGAAGACUUCCCACUCGGGAUCGUUUAAUUUCUUGGGGUUUAUCGGUGCCACCAGGUUGUGUUCUCUGCUCUUUAGCUGAUGAGUCUGUAAACCAUUUGUUUUUUCAAUGUCCCUUUGCGGUUGCUACUUGGUCUCGUUUCUGUGGCAGGUACAUGGCGUCACCACCAUCCUCUCUUGCUGAUGUCGUCCUCCUCUGCCAACAGCUUCCUGGACCUCAUGCUUCCCGUGCGGUGGUUGUGCUCAAGCUUAUCAACCAGGUUAUCGUCUACACCCUCUGGCGAGAGAGAAAUAGCCGCAUCUUCUCCGGUGUUUCUUCAUCCCAAGAGGCCUGUUCGCGUCUGGUGGAUCGAGCCGUAAGAGAUAGGUUGCUGUCCUUGACUCGUCCUACUGCUACUGCUCCGUCCCCUUCUUUACUUGAGCUGUUCUUUUGGUUUGUUUCCCCGUUCAGUUAA